AUGGUUUUCAAACCCUUCAGGCCCCCUUUGAUUGGGAAACCCCAAACUCUGGAUGAGACGACCGAUGCAAGUGGCCACCCUGCCAAGAAGCCACGUCUGGUGAAGGAUGAGGCAACGCCCGAAGACCUGACGCGACCCGCGGCGACAUUGGGAAGCCGAAAACCGCUACUGCAAGUCCGGAAUGUUGGGAAGGAGUCUUUGGCGAAAGCAACAUCUGGGUCUAUAUCCAAAGAAGAUACAACCUUCGAGAGAUUUUUCAACGUCCUCUGGAGAAAGCCAACAGCGAAGAAGAAUAAAACAUGGGAUGGCGAUGGUAUACUGGCAGCUCGCGGGGGCUUUGUUUACCUUCGUGAUGUGGGGGGCAAGGACAUGGGACGGGUGACAUGCGAGUCGGAGCUUGAACCCGGGAAAAUGCUCUAUGUUGCUGGGAAAGAAGUCGAAAUCGAGUCUGAGAUACCCCGUUCAGAGUACCUUGCCGGGAAGCAAUCCUCGAGCGACUCCAAACCAGUAUCGACACCCCCACCACUGCCGAAGAAAGCCUCUUUGCCUGCUCUGAAAAGGAGCGAAAGUCGGAACGUGCCGUUACCCACAGGCCCGAGCUAUACGAAUUCUUUGAAGCGCAACUCAUCCGCUUUGGACAAUGGUGCCACCGCCAAUUCAUCAAAGGUUUUUGGCGCGUAUAAGGCGCCCUUGCUCCAAAACACAGCCAUUUCAUCAAGCCCUGAGAAGAUAGUUCCACGACAUGAUCCAUAUGCUAAGGGAGCGUUGGUUAUGCCUCGACCGACUUCACUGCCCCAAGGGAAGCGAGUGGUCGAUGUGGUCGUUGACCCAUUGCUGACGAAGAAUCUGCGCCCACAUCAACGGGAGGGUGUGCAAUUUCUUUACGAAUGUGUUAUGGGCAUGCGCAAUUUUAAUGGCGAGGGAGCCAUUUUGGCUGAUGAUAUGGGGAUGGGCAAAACAUUGCAGACAAUCACUCUGCUAUGGACUUUGCUGAAGCAGAACCCUAUUCACGGUGAUCCUCCGGUGAUCAAGAAGGCGCUCAUUGUCUGCCCUGUGACACUGAUUAAUAACUGGCGAAAGGAAUUCCGCAAGUGGUUGGGCAAUGAACGGAUUGGUGUUUUUGUCUUUGAUGACAAGCGGAAACGCUUGACGGAUUUCACCAAGGGCCGAGCUUACAGUAUCAUGAUUGUUGGGUACGAGAAACUGAGGACUGUGCAAGAAGGUUUGGCGAAGGGUGCCGGUGUCGACAUCAUCAUUGCGGACGAGGGCCACCGGCUGAAGACCCUACAGAAUAAAAGUGGCCUCGCAAUUCAUUCGCUUAACGCUGCAAAGAGAGUUAUCCUCUCUGGCACACCCAUCCAAAACGACCUGCGGGAAUUCUUCGCUGCUGUGGAUCUCGUGAAUCCCGGUGUCCUUGGCAACUUCAAGUCUUUCAUUCGGGAUUUCGAGACCCCCAUCGUGCGAAGCAGACAACCAGAAGCCACGAGAAAGGACAUCGAGAAAGGCGAGUCCAGAAGUGAGGAACUCAGAGAGCUCACCACGAAGUUCAUCCUCCGCAGAACAGCAGAUAUCCUGGCCAAGUACCUUCCACCCAAGUCCGAGUAUGUGCUCUUCUGCAAGCCAACUCGCGCCCAAGCCAAUAUCUACAAGGCUGUCCUGCAGUCUCCCAUAUUCCAGACUGCCAUGGGCAAUGCGGAAAGCGCCCUUCAACUCAUUACCAUCCUGAAGAAGCUUUGCAAUAGUCCAUCGUUGCUCUCACCAAAGAACCAAAAUGAUUCGCCCAAUGAAACCAUCAAAGCCCUCCUAGCAUCCCUGCCCCCUAAUCUCCUCCGUCACUUCUCUCCUUCUUCGAGUGCCAAGGUUCGCGUUUUGGACCAGAUCCUGGAUAGUAUGCGAACAAACACGUCCGAGAAAAUCGUGCUGGUGUCCAACUACACAUCAACGUUGAACCUACUUGGAACUCUCCUUACCUCACUCGGUCUACCAUUCCUCCGCCUGGAUGGGAGCACACCGGCACAAAAGCGCCAGCUACUUGUUGACGAUUUCAACCGUAUGCCUGCCGAAUCCUGCUUUGCCUUCCUGUUGUCAGCAAAGGCAGGCGGUACUGGUCUCAACCUCAUCGGUGCCAGUCGCCUUGUCCUCUUCGACGUGGAUUGGAAUCCUGCCACGGACAUCCAAGCCAUGGCUCGGAUUCAUCGCGAUGGACAAAAAAAUCAUUGUCGCAUCUAUCGUGUCAUUCUCAAGGGCAGUCUGGAAGAAAAGAUCUGGCAGCGCCAAGUGACCAAGCUUGGGUUGGCUGACAGUGUCAUGGAGCACAAAGAUAGCGUCGCCCAGUUCUCCACUGCCGAAUUACGAGAUCUGUUCCGCCUUGACGAGGAGAGCACUUGCCAAACUCACGACCUGCUCGGCUGUGACUGUGGCGGCAAGGGCGUUUCGUCCGCACCAUCAGGCACCACUACCCCAGGGGAUAACAGUGAAUCUGAGCUUUCAGAGCUUAGCGAACCCCCAUCUAUCGAUGACGAUGACGAUGAGGAUCUCCCUGACCUACCUACUCUCAUGAAAGCUUCCGAAGUCGACAUGGACAAGCAAGAACGGAACAUUCUUGAAAGAUCUCGUCGCAAUCGGGCAACCUCCAAAAACGAGAAAGGCAAGGCCAGAACGCAGAAAGAUAAGAUGCAUCAAUCACUAGCGCAAUACGCACACGUCGAUCCGGCCUGGCUCUCUGCUGGCACCGAUUAUGACGAGGAGUUUGCAGCGGCUGUCGAUGACGAUGUGUUGGUUAAUUUGCUCAAAGACGAGUGCAACCAGAUUGGUUACAUUUUCAAGAAAACGAAUGGUGCAGUGGUGGAAAGCCCGGUGGUGGCACCCGAUUCUUGA